UUUUCUCUUUGUUUCUUUCUUCUUUUUCUUUUAUGCAUUCAGUAUUCGAAAUUCACUUUCUCUGAGUCCUGACAUUCAAAACACACACACACAUACUAAGUUUUAAUUUCAUUUUGACAUAAGGUAAUAUACCUCUGAGUUAAAUUUUUAAAAUAAAAAUUACAUGAGGACACUUUGUCCCAAUGUUGACAAAGAAGAUGGACUGGAGACAGUACUUGAGGUGCCAAUUCCAGAUGAAAUGUUCAAAAGCAUGGGUAGUAAUGCUGCACUUAGAUGGCAAAAUAUGGCAACCUGGAUGAAAGCUCAAACAUCUGAUAAAUGGUCUUCCCCUAUUGUUGCUGCUCGUUAUAAUGAACUUAGUUUCCUCCUUUAUAUGGUUGGAUCUCCUCUUAUCCCUUUCCAAAUUCAAUUGGGCCAAUCCGUUAAUCGUCCCGUCAAGCAUUCUUCCAUUGAAGCUUCAACAGCUAAAUACAUAUUGCAACAAUACAUAGCAGCAACAGGGGGACAACCAGCACUAAAUGCAGUGAACAGCAUGUGUGUAAUUGGGCAUAUUAAAAUUACUGCAUCUGAUUUCCAUCAAGGUGAUCAAAGUGUGAAGGUAAGAAAGAGCGACGAAAACGGAGGCUUUGUGCUUUGGCAAAAGAAUCCUGACCUUUGGUGUUUAGAAUUACUUAUCUCUGGAUGCAAAGUAAUUUCUGGUAGUAAUGGUAAAAUCUCAUGGAGACAAUCAUCUAAUCAACAAAGGCCUAUCUCUAAGGGUCCGCCCAGACCUCUCCGCCGCUUUCUGCAGGGACUAGAUCCUCGGUCUAUAGCAAACUUGUUCGCGAAUGCAGUAUGCAUAGGAGAGAAGAUAAUAAAUGAUGAGGAUUGUUUCAUUCUCAAACUUGAUACAAACCAAUCAGCUUUAGAGGCACAAAGUGGUCCAAAUUAUGAAAUACUUCAUCAUACAAUAUGGGGAUACUUUAGCCAAAGAUCAGGCCUAAUGGUCAAGUUUGAGGAUUCCAGGUUGCUAACAGUUAAGACCAGCAGAGACGACGAAGGUGUAUUCUGGGAGACGAGCACAGAAUCUGUUAUGGAAGAUUAUAAAUACGUUGACGGAGUUAAUGUUGCACACAGUGGUAGAACUUUUGUCACAGUUUUCAGAUAUGGAGAGCACUCUGCAAAUCACAAGAGGCAGCUUGAGGAAAGAUGGAAAAUUGAAGAGGUAGAUUUUAAUGUUGGACGUUUGACAGCUGAUUUCUUCAUGCCACCUUCUGACUUCAGCAAAGAACGUUCUCGGGUCUAGAGAAGAGGGUUGAAAAUUAUAUUUAUGAAGCAAUUAAGACAAUUUUGCAGUAUAUAAAGAAACAGAAAGGUUUUUCUCCUGUCAAGAUAGUUCAAUAGAGAAAUUUGUCUAGUUUUUUAUUUAUAAUUAGAGGACUACCUGCGUAGAAUGUUCAAUGAUAUCAAGCUUCCGCACUUACUAACUCUAUCAAAUUCCUCAACCAUAUGA